UCACCAUCGAACCGUUGCAAACAUUGCCAAUCCAUCAAACCUUUCUCUCCUUCAACCAGCGUCUCCAGUCGCAUCCUUCACUCUCAAAAAUGGCACGUUCCGCUUCAAAGGAUGAUACGCCUGAGCCAGUGGGCACGCGAACUCUGAGGCAAAGGCGAACAGCAACCGUGGUGACUACGAUUCCUGACAGUGACGACUCUUCUAGUGAUCUAAGCGAUCCACCUUCCCCCGACCCAUUGGAACUUUCGGAUGGAAGUGAUAGCUCAGAUGAUCGAGCAGGAAAGAAGCGCCAGAGACUGAAAAGGGGCAACAAGAACCGGACUAGCAACCCAGAAAAUGUUCGAAGGAGUACCCGUGAUACCCGAAAUCGAACCAAGUAUGACUUUUCAACCGGGCUGGAGGACGAUGAAGGCGAUCUAGUCGAAGACAAAGUCGAAACUGAUCCCUCCACAAAGAAAAGAAGAGGUCGACCCAGUCGCAGAGCAGUCGAAUCUAGCGAUGAAGGUUCUGAGGAAGAUGACUUGCUGGAAUUAUCUCGCGAAAAUGCAUCCAGUCGCCGUUCCCGACAAGUUACCAGUGCUCACGCCAACACCAACACUUCUGACAAGGCAUGCGACGAGCAUCAACCAACAUGCUCCAGAUGCUCCGAGAAAUACGAGCCCAAUCUUGUACAAAUUUGGACCCGAACCAAUAAGAAUCGUCGGGGUAAAGCGAGAGCUGGUAGCUUACUGGAUCGUUACCAAAGCCUUGAAGAUGUGUACAGACAAGGCUGUUGGUUAGAAUGUUCAACCUGUACCAGCUCAUACCAUUUUGGAUGUUUACCGGUGGAUAUGAAGAAAGAUAUCACCUCUCAGCAUAGGAAAGAACGACUAGAGCUAAUCAGACAACGAGAUGCCCAGGAUCCCAACAUGGACGACAAAUCAAUUGAGAUUCCACCCGAUAAAAGAGAACAGCAGCCUGAGAUCAAGUUAUCCCUUAAAUGUCCGGCAUGCGUCAAACCAUACGGCUGUCAAUGUAUGAUAUGCGGCAAACAUAACUCUACAACCGAAGUAGUGCAAGAUGAGGUCAAGACGACUCCAACUGCCGAAGCUCAACAAAAAGAUGGUGGGGAAGCUUCAACAGUCAACGGCAAAUCGCAGGGGUCUCCCGAGGAAGUAACUACCUCCAAACUAUCCAAAGAACCCAUAAUCUUUAGAUGUACGAGCUGUAAACGGGCCGCUCAUUACAGUUGCUUACCCGCUGUUGGCGAUGAAUAUCCGACCGAGUUAGAAGAUAUUGCAGAAUACUGGCAGACGGAUUGGACGUGCGCCGAAUGCGACGAAUUGGCGGAGAUUUCGGUGGAAAUCAUCCUUGCCUGGAGGAAGCCGGUACCCAAGGCACUCGAUCCCAUCAAGGAUUCACAGUCUGCAACUCAGGAGUUGACUGGAUCUUUACACGAUCAACCAAAAGGCAGAUCGAAAGACUCUAAACCUCGCUCAGCUCUUCCUAACCCUAAAGAUCCAUUCGAACAAGCCGAGUACUUGUGCAAGUAUGAAGACUUUAGCUUUACCGAUUGUUCUUGGGUCACCCACUCGUACCUUGUUGCUAAGCAUCCGGCCAAAUUGCGAAACUUCUUAACGAAAGGUCCCGCCCUAGAUCUAAAGCAGUUCUCGGGUGGUGACUUUGAUGAUUCAGGUGACUCUGAUUCAGAUGCCAAUUCUGACGAUGAUGGCGGCUUGCCGUUCAAUCUGGAUCCUGAUCAAGACGCUCAACUGAAGAUACCCAAGGCUUGGCUCACGCCUGAGAAGAUUUUAUCGAUCGAAUUCGAAGAUGAACUUCUAAUCGAAGAUGCUAAAGAAGCCGAUAUUCCAGAUACACCCGAAGAGAUGUACGAAACGAUGGACCGAGCUUACAUUAAAUGGGAAGAGCAAACUUACGCUGAUGCGACUUGGUCUGACAAGACACCCAAGGACUCGCCAUAUUUUCCAGCAUUCAUGUCAGCUUUGAAGAGGUUUAUGCAAUUCCGAAAAUUUGUUGUUCCUACAGUCAAGAGCUCGACGGAGCUCGCCAAAUUGGACACGCCUCGUAGAGAAAGCUCCUUUUCUGCACUGGAGAAACAGCCGGAUUUCAUUCCUCAUCAACUGAUGGGAUUCCAAUUGGAAGGAGUCAACUUUUGUUACUACAACUGGCACCGACAACAUCCCACGAUUUUAGCUGAUGAAAUGGGUUUGGGUAAAACGGUUCAAAUCUGCUCGCUGAUUGCCGUUCUCAAGAAUAAGGAAAGACGCAUGCCAUUCCUGAUUGUGGUACCGAACAGUACACUUGGAAACUGGUCUCGUGAAUGUGCCAAGUGGAUCCCAGAUGUGAAAUGUGUUCCACUUCCAGGAGACUCUGAUUCGUGCGAGGUGGUCCAGAAUUGGGAGCUAUUCAAAACUUCAGGGAAAUCCAAGCGACAGCUCGCAGCAUCCGUUGUGCUAGCCACUUACCAGUCUGCAGAGAAGCAUGCCAAUCUGCUCCGAGAGGUUCAACGCUGGGAAGUCGUCAUUGUCGAUGAAGGUCAACGUCUGAAAUCUGGUGCCAAGGGCGGCUUGUUCAGGGCCUUGAGUAGUCUGCGAGUUGGUCAUAGGAUUUUGAUGUCUGGCACACCGCUUAAUAAUAACUUAGGAGAACUUUUCAACUUGCUCGCGUUUUUAAAUCCUGACGAGUAUCCUCCUGACGUCGUUGAGGAAAUGGAGCUUCGAUAUUCUGCUUUGACACCGGAACUCAUCGACGAGCUUCGAACGAUCAUCAGACCUUACAUGCUCAGAAGGACUAAGGAGACAGUCUUGGACCUUCCCCCCUUGACAGAAAUCAUCGUUCCAAUUACCAUGAGACCUUUACAGAAACAGGUUUACCGAGGGCUCCUCUCAAAGAAUGCCAACCUCAUCACGUCGAUCUACUCUAAAGGUUCAAAACAAAAGAAAAGCACCCGGGCGGGCUUCCAAAACCUGUUGAUGCAACUGAGGAAAACGCUGGGACACCCAUAUCUAUACGAUCCCGAAAUCGAACCUAGCAAUGUCCCCGAGGCUCAAGUCCAGGAAAACCUGGUCGAAGCUUCGGCCAAAUUGAUUUUCUUGCGAAAAUUUAUCCCGAAGCUUUUGGCACGUGGCCAUCGGAUGUUGAUCUUUUCACAAUUCACCAUGUUUUUGGAUGUCAUGGAACGAUUUCUUGAUGGUGAAAACAUGGACUAUUUACGUCUUGACGGGAACACUUCUCAAUUGGACAGACAAACUCGGAUAGAUCAUUUCAAUCGGAAGAACUCCAAUUACAACAUCUUCCUACUAUCAACCAGAGCCGGUGGAGCAGGUAUCAAUCUGGCGACCGCUGAUGUGGUCAUUGUUCUAGAUCCAGACUGGAAUCCUCAUAACGAUUUACAAGCCAUCAGUCGCGCUCACCGGUUCGGUCAAAAAAAGCCAGUCUCAGUCUUCAAAUUAAUGGUCAAAGGUUCGGCGGAAGAGAAGAUUGUUCAAACCGGCAAAAGAAAAUUGGUGCUGGAUCAUCUCGUGAUUCAAAAAGCAUCAGAAGAAGAAAUCGAAGCAAAUGAUGUUGCUAGCAUUCUUCAAUAUGGCGCCCAAGAGUUGUUAACCGCAUCCGACGAAGCUCUUCAGAAAGACGUACGAUAUACCGACGAGGAGCUAGACGACCUGAUCCAACGAACUGCCGAAGGUGCCAAGUCUAAAGAGUCCGCGGAUGGACAAUCGGCGAAACCUGACAAAUCCUUCGCGUUUGCACGGGUAUGGGAAGGUGGAGACAAAGGCUUGACGAGUCUCGAAGAAAUCGAAGAAGACAAAGAUGCCAGUAACGCUCAAGAUCAACGGUCGUUUUGGGACAGCAUCCUGCAAGCCAACGAGGCUGAGAGAGCCAAAGAAAACCAGGAAGAGAGUGGGACGGGUAGGGGACACCGAAGAAGGAAAGAUGUUGAUUACAAUAUGCCUCAGAUAGACCUUAUGCUCGAUUCGCCCCAGAAGAAGGGUGGACAUGACGAUGAUAUGAGUAGCCAAGGGGAUGACAACUACGAACCGAUCUCACUGAAAGAAGUGAAUAGCGAGUCGAGCGAUUCCGAAGGAGAGCCCGAGGCUCUUCCGGAUCUAUUGGAACUUAUCGCGCCGCCGCCGACCAAGGAGCAACUGGAGAAGAACCGGAGAGAUGAGGAGCGAAUCAAGGCUGAUAGGAGGAAAGAACAAUGGGACAAAAAGCUUGCUGGUUUACUUUCACAGCCGUCUUUACCGCCUGUGGCUAGCGGCUCGGGGAGCUCACAAGCAGCGAGCGGCCAAGGUCGCGUGGUCUACGAUCCGGCCACCGGGACUUAUUUGAAGAAUGAAUCGAUGAAGAAGUCUUCCCAGGAGGCUCAUAAUCGACCUGCAAAAGUAAGCCAAGUCGGGUUGAUCAGUCUGUCAGAGCUAGAAGGACUCAAUAAUGAGGAGCGUCGAAGCACGAUGGAUUCAUUAUGGUUCUGGCUCACUUCCAAGGCAAAGGCAUUACAGAAUCCAGCGCUUGACAAAUUAUUGAGUUCGGCAAGAAAUGUAGGCCAGGUAGAACAGGUGGCACGGCUGAAUGAGGCGAGACAGCUGGUCAAGCAACUGGUCCACAACCGACAAAAUCUUGCGGAGAGGCGCGGAUCACAAGUGGUUCCAUCGCUGCCCGCCGCAACGAGCAGCAGUCAAAUUCAACCACAUCCUCAUCCGCCAGCCAAUAGCCAUCGAUCGUCAUCCACUUCGCAAUAUCGCCCAGCCGUCUACCGACAAGCACCAGGCGCGAUGAUCCAUCAUCAUCAUCAGCAACCACCCCCACCCGCUGCCCAGUCAUCUUCAUAUUACCAAUCAUCACCAGCCGAGAUCCAGGCUCGAUAUGGGACUACUCAUCAUCACAACGGCUCAUUGGUCGGACAUCCUAACCAAGCUGGACUCAACAGUCUUCCCUCCGGCUCCGGCUCCGGCUCCGGCGGCUCUCGGAUCCCCAAUCCUGCUCUCUCCCACCUCCCGCCCCCCAAGUUUUCCCAGACUAAUCCGCAAUCUAUUAAACCCUUGCUCACCCAACAAAAUGCUAGCUUGUAUCCGUCCUUCAAUCGCCCUUCUUCCUCCUUGAAACGCAAUCAUAAGGGCGAAUUUAUCAACUGAAUCCCUCUCCCAAGCGGCCUCUAAUCAUAUAUAUAUAUAUAUCAUUGGACUUAUUCCAGUUAUUGUCAAUCCCUCUCUUCUUUUCUCUCUCCACAGUUUUAACUGGUCAUCUGUCUCUCUCUCUUUUUUUUUUUUUUUUUUUUUUUUCUUUGGGUCUAUCAGCCUUCAAUUUAAUCGGAUCAAACCCUGUCUCUUGAAUAAUGUUAUGUUUACCAUGAAAAAAAGAAAAAGAAAAAAAAAAAAAAGUUAUGAGGAUGCUGCUUUUUUUCAUUCUUAUUAUUCUUAUUCUAUGAGUUGAUUCACUUUCACAUGACACCCAACAAAACAAAACUGAAAGAAGAAGUGUACUAGUCUUCCUAUUAUUAUACCUGAUUUUUAUGAACCUUAGCUAGCUUACCCCCCCCCCCCCAAAAAAAAAGAAUAGUGAA